ACUGGCUCGACCGCAUUUUCCACACCACCUUUAACCUUCAACAUUUAUCAGUCGUCAUUGAACACAUUGAUUACCUGUCAAAAUGCUGUUUUUGCAAGCUUGGAACGCAAUUCUAAGUGUUUGUUGCAACAUUUUUCACUGGCUUCUGUCAUUAUGGCCACUAGGACAACGCAUCCCACCGGGGAAGGCUUCUUCUCCCGGUGUACAUGUCGCGAUCCGUUUGGCGCGUCACCGCGACUACAACGCCGUCAUGCGGAUCUCGGAGGCACUGCUCUACGGUACAGACUACCUACGCGCCAAAUUCCACUCCUUCAUAGACGCCCCUGACGUCACAGUGUUCCUCGCGGAGGUUGGACACAAAGUGGUGGCCGUCAAGGCAUCUAAGAUCGUAGACAGUGGAACUGUUUCUAUCACUAAAGCCUCUAGGGUCGCUCCUGAAUGGAGGGAACAGGGUAUUGAUAGAAAAAUGACCCUCUAUCUAGACCAGUGGAUCCGCAAGAAUCGUCCCAGGGUUAAAUACAAGCGAUCCGUAACGUACGCCAAUGGUCGCAGGGCGGAAACUUUACGGAAAAGGAUGCGACACGUUUUUAGUGUGCCCUUUAUUGUGAACCAUUGUGGACCCAGUCUAUGGUGGCGACAGGACCCGGCCCAGCUAGCUCAACUGGACACGACCGGCUUACCGGACGUCGUGCCUCUACAGACCGCAGACGACGACUUCUGCACGGCUUUACAGAAAUGGCUUCCCUCGGAAGCUUGUGCUGGUUACCACGGCAAACCUAUCAUCUUAAUUGAAAGGGACCCAUACAUCCUAUGCCCUGCUAAUUCAAAUCGCCUGCAAGCACGUGCACAUAAUGCAUUAUACACACUAAAGCACGAAGGAGAAUGGAGCCUGAGUGUUGUAGACACGUAUCCCGCCCAAUGCGGGAGAAUGCUAAGCCUCGACAUAUACGCUAAAGAUUUCCUUACCUUACAAAAACACUUGUUAAAGCACCUUCACGACCUGAGCAUUAGGUUCAGACAUGAGCAUAUAUGUACCAGGGUUUUUGUAGGCCUGUCAGAGUUGAAGGACCAGGUCCAAAAUUUUUGUGAGGAGGUUUUACAGAUGGACGCGUCGCACUUGCCGUUUUCGGAAAUGGGCGUUUUUGAAUGUGAGUUGUGAUAUGGAAGUUCCCAUUUAGCGUUGUACGCUUCCAAAAGAGUUGAGGACAACGCAUUGUCUGCGGAAAAGUUCUGCGUAACCUCUUAUUGUCGCUCUGAGUCUUCGUAGUUGUUCUGCAUCUGUCACGUUACUAGGACGUUGUAUUAUUAGAUUCCCUCACUUAAAAAAUGUAACAAAAAACUAAAUAACACAAAAAAAUCAUAUUCCUCAUGUGUUUUGACAAAGCAUCUAUUGUUAAACCAAUACAAUCACAAUCCUAUUAAACUACACUAGAU